GCUGGCCUUGCCACAAGGGGUCACCCGCCUGCGGGACACUGACCCUUCUCUCCAAGUCGACUCUGCCCUCGGUACCUAUUUAAGAUUCAAUCAGUCUCACGAGUUGAUAGCUGUAGCCUUGGCUGAACCGGCGGUGAGCCAAUCUGGCAUACCCAGGCCACCUUCGGGCGAGGGUAUACGUAGGCAAGGGAGCGCUAUGCACUUCGGUGCUGACACUUGCCGUUUCACUCGCCAAUCCUGUCCCUUCGGUAGGGAUUGCCGUUAUCGUAAACAUUUCGGCGACCCCCAAUCUAAGCCUCAUUGGCAGAACGGUCAAGGUGGGGAGAAGGACAGUAGCUUCGGGUCUGAUAAACGCCCUAGGACUGGGCAGGUGAAGGAUGAACCAUCAAGGAAGAACCCUAAGAACCAAUAG